ACAUCCAGAACGGAGCUUUCGACCUAAUUCAAUCCGUUGCAUCUUCCCGUUUUCGAAACGUAUCAUUUAUACAAUUUGAACGAAUGGGCAUGUAAGAUAUUAGUCUAACGAUAUCCCUGAUUAUUUUGGGUCGAGCCGAGGCGGACUUUGAGGAGAAAGUGCUCCAAAGUAGCGGAGGGACAAACGGACAUUUGACCCUGAAGAUGAGAAAGAGGGGAGUCCCGGAAAAAGUCCUUAUUUCAGGGGUCGGAGGCUCCUCCAUGGACAAAAAACAAACGGUUCUGACCCGGUACAGCAAUGCGACAUAUUAUCAGAUCUUAUCACCUCCGCCCUGUCCGAACCAGACUAACAAUGUCGGUGUCGCAGACCCGACCGUGAGUCAGCUUUACACUACACCCAUAGGGGUGUCUACAAACGGGACAGGACCGCGACCAGCCAUCGGAAGACCCCCGGCGAAGCGUCGGUUGGAGCUGGAGGAGAGGGACCAGUACACCACUGAGCCAAUCAGUGAGCCCAGAGCUAAGAGAGCCACUACCCACUCCCUCAGAAGAACCCAGACUCCUCCCUCCCCGUUAGAGAAGACCAGGUAUGACACAUCUCUAUGCCUCCUGACCCAGAAGUUUGUCCAGCUGCUGGCCCAGUCCAGUGACGGGGUGGUGGACCUGAACCGGGCAGCGGAGUCCCUCAAGGUGCAGAAGAGACGUCUCUAUGACAUCACCAACGUCCUGGAGGGGGUGCAUCUCAUCAAGAAGUCGUCCAAGAACAACAUCCAGUGGCUGGGCUGUAGCCUGUCUCCAGAAGGAGUGGCCAGUGUCCAGAACCCUGGCUCUGUGGGUAAAGAACUGCUGGAGUUGACCCAGGAGGAGAAGAGACUGGAUGAACUCAUACACACCUGCACACUCAUCGUCCAACAGAUGACUGAAGACACACCCACAAGGAAGUUUGCGUACAUAUCGUAUGAUGAUGUGAAAAGGAUUCCUAGUCUGAAUGACCAGACGGUCAUCAUGGUCAAAGCCCCUGCUGAAACCAGACUGGAGGUGCCAGACCCUGCAGAGAGUCUCCAGGUCCACUUGAGCAGCACCCAGGGUCCAAUAGAAGUCUUCCUGUGCUCAGAUGAUCACGCCCCUUCCUCCCCGCUGAAAAACAACUCUGCGCUGAACGGAAAUGGACAUCCACCCUCAUCUUCGUCAUAUGUCAACGGAAACUCCACAUCCUUCCUCAAGGUGUCACAAGAGGGUAAUAACUACACCGGUAACGGUUUCUCCAACGCCCUGUCCAGGCUCCCAGCAUGCUCAGCGGUGACUGUCACUCCUGUCUCCCCCCUGCCCUCCUCCCUCACUUCCCUCCUCCCCCUCCAGGACGUUGACCAGGAGCCCUUCAUCCCCCUCUCUCUCGUGGGGGAUGACUACCUGCUUAGCCUGGGCGAAGACGAAGGCAUCAGCGACCUGUUCUCCUACGAUCUGGACCGGCUUCCACUAGACAACCUGCUCUGUAAUUGAGUGAAAUGUAAUCUCGGCGGCCAUUUUGGGGAAUUUUAGUUUGGCCAUUUUGGAGCCAGAUUGUGGUUGUUUCCAGUUAUAAAGAACUGAUUUAGAGCCCAGCGGGCUCUAUGGAAUGCAGCACAGCAGCCAUUUUGGAGCAAGGCUUUGUUUUCUUGACCUUGUGGACUGGACUGCUCAUAGAGGACCUGCUGUGUAAUUGACCCCUGGCCAGCGACGAGAGAAGGGAAAUACCUGCUCUUGCUAUUGAGCUGAUCAAAGGAAGUACGUUUCAGUUCAGACUGUAGGGGUGAAUUCUGUGGCUUAAAGAAUGGACAAACCUCUUCUCAAAGCCUGUCUUUCUGGUCUUGCACUGACAGGCAAACCAACAUCCUAAACAAUCACUCGCCCUCCAUAGCAGACUGUUAUUCUAAUGAACUGUUCUCAUCUGAAAGCAGAAGAUUGUCCCUAACAGAGAUGGGUUAUGGAUGUUAACCCAGACAGAUUCUUACCCAUAUCUACCAUUGUGUGACUGUUAUCUGUGAACUAGUUUUUUUUAAUAAUGUGAUGUACUGGAGACCCGACGGUGGAUCCUGGCUCACCAGAGUGGAGCAGACCUGCUAUCUACGUCCCAAGAUGGUGAUGUCUGCCUUGGCAUCAAUUUUUUUUUUUUUUGCGUGAGUAACCUGGUCUUUCACACGGAGCCUUCUGACACAAUACUGGAAGAGACUGACUGGUAUUGUUCAGAUAACCAGAGUAUGUACUGAAAGGUGGGCCUUCUUCUGAUGUAACGGUUUACUACACAAUUGGUGUAUGUUUUGUUUGUUGUUUUAGAGGAGGAAGUGAAUAUUGCUCCUGUUGCCGUGUGGGACAUCCACUACAUGUUCCUCUACUGCCGUCCAUUAACUGCUUCUAUAUCCAGGGAUGAGCAAUGUGCCUCCACACACACACACACACACACACACACACACACACACACACACACACACACACACACACACACACACCACCAUGCAAGAGUCACGUAGACAAGUCCCCAUUUUGUUUUUAUCCACUGCAGCCAUGUUACUUAUUGAAUAACUAACUUAUUAACCAACUCAAGUCAUUUCUCAGGGCCCCCAAAUUACUUCCUACUUGAAAUACAAUUUUUUAAUUACUUAAUUAAAAUGUACAAAUGGAUUCUAAUGAUUUUUUUUUUGGUGCCAGAUAUUUGAAUGACCCCAAUCAUUAACCCAUUGAUUAAAAAUGUAUAUCCAUUUUUUUUUUUUUUUUUGACCCUUCGAUUGGUAUAGACAUGUGACCUUUAAACUAGCCAACCGUACUAUAUAUUCAGCUUUCCUUUACGGGCUGAACCUGGUUGGUUUUAGAGAAGUGCUUUACUAGAUGGUGUCCUGUGGUCUUUACUAGUGUAUGACAUUGGACCAGAGCUCUAUGGGUUGAUGACAGAACUUACCAUGAAGUCCUUUUUGAGUCAAUUGACUGCUAUGAAAGUAUGUUGGAGAACAGACAUGUCCUGAACGUAACCAUAUACUCUGUCGUCUUACAGUAAUGUGUAUUAUUUUUUUUAUUUUUUAUUUUAUUUUUAUAUAUAAACAUGUGAAGUCAUUUCUAAGGUACUGUACUAGAAGGUAUUCUGGUGAUAGAUUGGCUUACCAGUCUGUUUCUACAUGGUUUGUAAUGACGAUGAGUUGACGUGAUGACACAAACAGAUCUGGGACCAGGCUAGUCUGGCUAUUUCUCCCAGGCGUUUGUCCAUACCUGUAUAGCACAUGUUCCUAUGAAGUGGCCUCGGUUUGAAGUUGUCUUUUUGCACAGUUGUCCCAUAUGAGUUUCAUGUCUAUGUGCUUUUGAGUUGUGUACUGCCUGGUUUCCUAGCCUGCCUGCUUGCCGUUAGGCUAGCCUGGUUGCCGUUAGGCUAGCCUGGUUUCCUAGCCUGCCUGCUUGCCGUUAGGUUAGCCUGGUUGCCGUUAGGCUAGCCUGGUUGCCGUUAGGUUAGCCUGCUUGCCGUUAGGCUAGCCUGGUUGCCGUUAGGCUAGCCUGGUUGCCGUUAGGUUAGCCUGGUUGCCGUUAGGUUAGCCUGGUUGCCGUUAGGUUAGCCUGCUUGCCGUUAGGUUAGCCUGCUUGCCGUUAGGUUAGGCUAGCCUGGUUGCCGUUAGGUUAGCCUGGUUGCCGUUAGGUUAGCCUGGUUGCCGUUAGGCUAGCCUGGUUGCCGUUAGGCUAGCCUGGUUGCCGUUAGGUUAGCCUGGUUGCCGUUAGGCUAGCCUGGUUUCCUAGCCUGCCUGCUUGCCGUUAGGUUAGCCUGCCUGCCGUUAGGUUAGCCUGGUUGCCGUUAGGCUAGCCUGGUUGCCGUUAGGUUAGCCUGGUUGCCGUUAGGCUAGCCUGGUUUCCUAGCCUGCCUGCUUGCCGUUAGGUUAGCCUGGUUGCCGUUAGGCUAGCCUGGUUUCCUAGCCUGCCUGCUUGCCGUUAGGUUAGCCUGGUUGCCGUUAGGCUAGCCUGGUUUCCUAGCCUGCCUGCUUGCCGUUAGGUUAGCCUGGUUGCCGUUAGGCUAGCCUGGUUUCCUAGCCUGCCUGCUUGCCGUUAGGUUAGCCUGGUUGCCGUUAGGCUAGCCUGGUUUCCUAGCCUGCCUGCUUGCCGUUAGGCUAGCCUGGUUGCCGUUAGGCUAGCCUGGUUGCCGUUAGGCUAGCCUGGUUGCCGUUAGGCUAGCCUGGUUUCCUAGCCUGCCUGCUUGCCGUUAGGCUAGCCUGGUGCCAGCUCUGUUUUGUGUUAUCACGUCAACUCCUUGUCCUAAUGAACAUAACGGCACAAACAUCUGGGAACAGGCUACAAUUAAGUAGGAAAAGCAGCCAUUGAUUUCAUCCUCAAUACCGUACUGUAUUUCAGUGACUACUCUUGCUGUCCCCCAGGAAGUAGGGUGACGUUGACCCAGGAUGUUGAUCUUGGGUCAGUUUUGCAUUUCACUAAUGCAAAAGGCUUGGAGAAGGAGAAUCUGAUCCUAGAUCUGUAUCUAGGGGAAACUGCACCUUGGUGUACUGGUCCUCUGGCCAUCUAUGUUUGAUGGUGUUAUCAGUCUUUUCUCUGCAGUUUAGCUUUUUAGAUCUUCUAUUAAGUUUUAAUUGUGAUUUCUAAAUAAAUAUAUAAAUGAUUUUUUUACUUAAUGCUUUUAUUAAGAUGUUUUGAUUUUUCUGAAUGUUCUGCUCAUGAAUUGCUGUUUGUAGCCCACCGUCCAGCGAUACGGUGCCGGGCUUAAACCAGAGGACAUGUAGGAUUCUGCAUUUACAUCACGUUACAACGUUUUAUGGCAGCCAUGUUAUGGCAGCCCCAUAAACAAUACAUGGGAAAUAUUUUAAUUCUUCACGAAACAAAAAAAUAAACGCAACAUAUAUAGUGUUGGUUUUUAUGAGCUGAAAUAAAAGAUCCCGUUUCCCAUACGG